AUGGCGCUCAGAGAACCCAAAGUUGUUAUUGUAGGCGGGAGCAUUGCUGGGCUGUCCCUGGCACUCAUGCUAGAGAAAAAUGGGAUUGACUUUGUCGUUCUAGAAGCAUAUCCAGAGAUUGCGCCCCAAGUGGGAGCAAGUAUUGGUGUUUUGCCAAAUGGGCUUCGUAUCCUUGACCAACUUGGGUGCUAUGAAAGUGUUUGCGAAGCUGCCGAAUAUCCUGUUGACGAAGUCAACUUUAGGGACUCUCGAGGAGAGAAGUUCUGGGUAUUAGAGGAUUUCAACGAGACGAUAGUCCGAAAAUUCACCUAUCCCUUUUUUUUCCUCGAUCGUCGCAUGUUGAUCGAAAUUCUUUACAACAACAUUGAGGACAAGUCAAAAAUUUUGACAUCAGAGAGAGUCAUCACGAUUGAAAAUCAUCCCGAAUACGCGAGUGUCAAAACCCAAUCGGGCAAAAGUUUCAAAGGCACUUUCGUUGUCGGAGCAGACGGAAUUCAUUCAUCCGUUCGAAAGCAAAUGUGGCAGGAAGCGCAGAAAUCUGAUCCAGAAUGGUUUGAUCCAUCGGAAGCAGAGGCACUGCCAGCAACGUACGCUUGUAUUUUUGGAAUCUCAACAGGUGUCUUACUGGUUCUUGGUCACAAACAUGGGAAAGAAACUCCAUGGGUCCGAUAUUCCUCGAUUUUCGAAAAAGAAGAAGAAGAAUUUGUCAAGCAACAUUUGGACGAUCAAAUCACUCCGACAAUUCGCUUCUCCGAAAUUUACAAGAGAAGAGUGAGCUCGGUGUAUACUCCACUACCAGAGUAUGUCUACAAACGGUGGUACUUCCAGAGAACAAUGACCAUUGGCGACGCAGCACACAAGUUUGAACCGUUGACUGGACAAGGAGGAAACAACGCCAUCGAAACAGCCGCGGCACUCACAAACCAUCUUAUGAGCGCGUUGAAAGAUUCAACCAAACCUCUUACGACAGCUGAACUUUCAGAAAUUUUUGCGAAGACACAACGACAAAGAGAAGGCCGUGUAUCGCGCCUCGUUGAAUCCUCGCAUGCCAGACAGCGCUUGGAAUGUAUGGAGACGCCAUUACUUCGAUUCAUAGGAAAGUAUGUCUUUCCAUACAUUCCAAAAAGUGUGAUAAUGGACCGCUGGAUUGAGACAUACUCAGCCGCCGUGUCAUUGAACAUGUUCCCAGUGCCUAGGACCUCUGGGGAAAUACCAUACUAUGAUGAGUUAUUGAGGGCUCCGACACCGCGUGGUAUCGCUGGGUAUGUGCUAUACCUUGUGUACAUCUUUAUGGCUAUUCUCGCGUCCAAACUGCUUCUCGGAGCGAUUCAGAGCAAUGGAACAGCGGCACUACUCCACCAGUCACUGGCCAGCCACUCAAUCACGGAGAUGGACUUGACAUUGCGACAAUCCUUCACUGGCUUGCUCUCUAUUGACAAGAUGACCAGCAUGCUUGUGACUAUAUUUUUACCGGCUAUUACAAACACUUCCGUUCCGGAACAGCCUUUGCAGUUGAUGUACUUUUUAUCGUGCAUGCUGCCGUUGAUCUCCAUUUUCACUGUCGAGGGAUAUAGAGAAAAAUCCAGAUUCACUCUGCUUGCCAGUCCAAGUUUAUGGGCCGUCGUGUAUCAGCUCCGUGGAAUUGGAUUUGUCGCACCAAUUUACUUUGCAGCAAGUCUCUUCGUGUCACGCAGUCCAACAUUCCUUCUCCGCGAGGGUAGAGAUGUGCCAGCAGCAAAGUUUCUUCUCCCGGGUGUCCUGAUAGGGUAUGUGAUUCCGACAAUGCUAUUAUUUUUCCCAUUCUCCGAAUGCAAUGUGCUCCAAGCCGUCAUAGCUUUUUGGCAGUCCGCGCCGAUACUAGUGGUGUUUGCCAUGGAGACAAUAUCCAGAGCAUGGGGAAUCUUCAAUCGUUCCAAUAAUCACAAGCAUAUCACUGCCGCCAAGAGAAAAAGCGAUCGUCUGUACUUGUCAACCCUUUAUCAAAGCACCGGGGCAAUUGCCGCUACUGUCCAUAUCAGUAUCAUCGUAGGAUGCCUGAUCUCGGGACAGCUGUCUUUGAGUCGCAUGUUCAUUCCGACAGAUCCUUUCAGCCCCAAAAGUACACUGGCUGAGGGUGUUUUUGUCUUUUUCCAAUAUGACUUCCUCCUCAUGACAGCGGCAACCCUCCUUUGGUGUUUGGUGAGCACUUGGGACUUGUACAGAGCUGGUCUGACCGAUCUGAACAGCCAAAUUAUGUGCUGUGCGCUGGCGGCUGGUUUCAUAGUUGUUGGACCCGGGGCUACCGCGGCAAUGGUUUGGCUUUAUCGUGAAAAAGCCAUGGGUCGGAUCAAAGACUGA